GGAGGAAGCAAAAGCAACGCAGUGGCAAAGGAAAAGAACAAAGGAAGAGUCCCCCCCCCCCACGGCUCAUACGGCGUCUUCACAUAGCAAGAGAAUCGAGCUGCCAUGGUGUCCUACCUUGAGGGCCAAGUGACCAAAGAUGGCCGCAAGCGCGCGCCGCGUCAUCUCUUCGGCGCCAACUAUCGCAAGCCUUUUCCAUGGUUACGUGUGGGUCUCGGCGUCGUCGUGAUGGCCGGUGCGAUAGACAUGGCCUACCGCCGCCUGACCUACGUCUCCCCGCAGGAGCAGUUCAUACGCAAAAUCAAGAUUCGCCCCUACGGCGUGAUGGGCACGCAGAUGACGCUACAGGGCUCUCUGCGGCAGGAAGGCCCCAAGCCAGACGAGACGAUGGUGAUCACCGACCCGUGCGACCUCAUGCAGGUCUUCACCUCCGCCGCGAAGGCCACGGGCACAUCGGGUGCCAUCUACAAGUGGGUCGGUCUCACGAAGGAGUUUCCGAAUGAUGUGGUGAUGGCGAUGGACAAGGUGUGCGACGCGAAGCUGCACCGCUACGGGGCAGAGGGCACCGACGGGGGCGAGAAGAAUGUCAUUCACGUCUCGGCGCCUGACUUCCGCGAGGGCAUCUGGUCUGAGCGCGAGGCCGCGAUUGAGCUCUCGCGCGCCUACCGCAACCUUCUCCACGAAUUUGUGAGGAGUGAGUGCGACACGCUGCGCAUGGUGCCGCUCUCCGAUGCCGUCCAGGCCGGACCGCUGUACAACCAGCUUCCGGGCAUUACCCAUUCUGCGUUGCUCAUGGCGUUUGAGCAGCUGCACAUUUUUGACAAGGAGUACGUGCUGCGCGACAAGAAGAACAUGGAGCUGUGCGUGUUCAUGAACAGGGAAUGGGACAUGUUCAACAACGCCUUCGAGAACCUGCCCGUGGGACCUCGUCGUUAG